GGGCAGGAAAGGGGGAGGAGGAGGAGGGAGGGGAGGGAGGAAGGGGCGGUGAUGCCGCGGCUCUGCCCCCCCGCUGCCCCCGCUGCGCCGGGCAGGGCGCGCCCGCGGAGCGCACGGAGGGACCCGCAGCGCUGCCCAGGUAGGAGACAGGACAGACACGGGACAGCGGGCACCACGGGGGACGCGGGGCUGCGGGGCCACCGCUUGGCUGGCAACGCCCCUUCGGAGCAGAGUCCCCACGCUUUCCCCAGGUAGGGGACAGGAGACACCCCCAGGUGCGGGGUUGAGGACAUCCCCCGCUGGGACUGGGACACCCCAGUGUGGGACACGGGACUCUGCAGAGGGGGGGAUUAAGGCGGCAGAGAACUGUCCUGGGAUGGGACAGGGUACCGAGAACCGCCCGCAGGGAGGGGAACGGGGGUCCAAUGUAGGGGAGAGGACACUGAGGCCACCGCCACAGUCCCCACAGCGUCCUCUGAGGGCUGGGGGGUGCGUGCGGGAUCUGUUGGGGGAGAGGAGAGUGUAGGAGAGCUUUCUCCCACCCCAAUUUGGGGAGAGGUGCCCCAUAAGCAGCCUCCACCCCAUUGAUCCCACCCCCUCUGGCACCCUGAUUUUGGGGUGUCUCUCACAGAAUACCACAGCCCCAGCACAGCACAGCCAUAGCCACCCCAAAACAGGAAGGUGCUGUCCUCCUGUUGUGCAGGCACCCCACAAAAAGCAGAGCGCAGACCCCAGAGCUGCCACCCUCCAGCUUUAGCCACCCUCCAUCUUUAGCCACCCCGGUGGGCGGCAGUGGGGCAGCAAUGGGGCCGCUGGCGGCUGGGCUGCCCCAGCACAAAGAGGAAUGCGCCGAGCACAUGGUUCACAUUAGCCCUGCAGAUUGAUUUUUUUUUUUCCCCUUUAUUUUCCGCGGGGUGCAGGUGAAGGUUUGUGUGCAGGGCGAGGACUGGCAGCGCCGGGACCCGUUUAGGUUCUGCCGGCGGGGAGGGAGGGAGCGCAGCCACUCCGGAUUCUCCUUUUUCCUCCCUUUUCUUUGAGUCAGAGGCUGAAGUCAGCAGUGUGCCCGUCCCACAGCGAUUUCCCCACUGCACAGGAUGUGGGGAUGCCCGUGAGCAGGAUUUAGGGAAGCAGAGCUGCCCCACGCUGAAUACGGAGUGCUGCAUGAGACCAGGCAAUUCAUCACACAGCCCAUGUCCAGCCCGUCUGCUGUUUCUGCGAUGCUGCCCAGGAAGGCAGAGAAGAGGAUGGCUUCAUCUGUCUUCAUCACCCUGGCAUCCCCACGGAGGGAGGCAGCCCCCAGGGAGCAGCCCCGCACAGGGGUGUCACUGGCUGCCCCCGAGGGCAGCCCUCACCCCCCGAUGACCCCGGCACUGCCCAAUGGAGAAUCCUGCCCUCGCUCCCCAGCAGUGCCAUCGUCCCCACCGGCUCUUGUUCUCUCCGAAGCGCCCCAGCCCCUCUCCGCAGAGGCACUGGCUCCAGCUCUGCAGCAACUGGACCUUGCGGCUCCCGCCACGGUGCAGGUCAGGACCAUGAGUGUGCCUCAGUUUCCCCAUUCUCAAGGGCUUGAAUAUAAUGCGUGUUUUCCUCCUGCUUGCCAGGCUCCUUUUGCCCUCCCUGCUGAACUGAGGCCCCUCCAAGUUUGCCAGGGACAAGCAGACAAGCUGCAGUGGCAGGAUGCAAAUGGGCAUGUGGAGAGGGACAGCUCUCGAGGUAAGCACAUGGCCCUGGCUGUGGUGGUCCCCCAGUGGGGCCACCAAGGCAGCUCCCUGCCCUGCUCCCUUCCCACAGACAUCUGCGCCUUCUGCCACAAAGCCGUGGGCCCACAGGAGCCAACGGUGGAGGCGAUGCGGAAGCAGUACCACGCUGACUGCUUCACCUGCCGGACCUGCCAGCGACGCCUGGCCGGCCAGCGCUACUAUCAGAGGGAUGGCCGCCCCACCUGCGAUGCCUGCUACCAGGCCACGCUGGAGAAAUGUGCCAAGUGCCAGGGGCUGAUCACUGAGCGCAUCGUGCGUGCCCUGGGCAAAGGCUUCCACCCCGGAUGCUUCGUCUGUGCUGCCUGCGGCCGGGCCAUCGGUGCUGAGAGCUUUGCUGUGGACGAGCAGGGCAAGGUGUACUGCGUGGCUGACUUCUACAGGUGGGGCAGUACCAGCAGGGGGGUUCAGCUGAUCCCUGUCACCCCGUGGGUCUCACAUCAUCACCUCCAUUUUAUCCCACCAAGGAAAUUCGCCCCAGUGUGCGGUGCCUGCAAACGCCCCAUCAUCCCUGACGAGGACACCUACAAGAUUGAGUGCCUGGGACGUAGCUUCCACGAGAGCUGCUACCGCUGUGAGGUAUGGCCACAAAACUCAAAGUGUUGUCCCAGUGCCUCACAAAGUAUAUAUGGGGUUGGAGGCAGGCACAAAGCAUGGGUUGUUGGCGAGGUGAGCAGUACGGUGUACUGCAGGCAGCAUGGUGUAGGGCUGCAGGAAAGCCAUACACAUGGCUGCACUGUUUGCAGAGCUGUGGGACGCCGCUGUCACCGGAGCCGACAGAGGAUGGGUGCUACCCUCUGGGCCACCACCUGCUCUGCAAAGCCUGCCAUAUGUGCCGGCGGAACGAGUCGUCCUGCUGAACUGCAGGCUGUGAGAAGGGCCGUGCCACUGGGAUGGACCCACCGAGAGCAGCGGGACCAGCGCGUCAUCACCAGAGUGUGCCAGAACCCCAAACCGUGCAGCUCGGCCUCUGCCGGCUGCUCAUCGCAAGCAGAAAAAGAGCAGUGGUGGUAGAUGAGCUGAGGGUUUGUUCACUUUUCUUU